CUACCACUGCAAGUCUCCACUCUCCACUGCGGUCGCUGUACCACCCUCACCAAGCCGUCCAAACAAAGGCAAAGAGAGCGAUCAACAGCCACGGGCCUGGAGCCGUGGAAAGCGAGGCCGCCGCCGUCCAGGGCUCCAGGCUAACCCUGCCCUGGGCCACACUGGAAAUGACGAAGCCGCAUUCCCCUUCCUCUUGGGCCGCCUCCUCGCUCUCCUGCGUUUCCUCCUCCUCGGCCUCCUGCGACGUGCCGCCGCCGUGGUCGCCGAAGCGCAGCAGCAAGAAGCAGAGGAGCAGCCGUAGGAGGGCCAAGAAUGGCGCCGCGGUGACCCCGAGGAGGACCAGCUCCAUCUACAGGGGCGUCACCAGGCACAGGGGAACGGGCAAGUACGAGGCGCACCUGUGGGACAAGAACGCUUGGAGCCGGACCAAGAACAAGAAGGGCCGGCAAGUUUAUCUGGGAGCAUUUGACAAUGAGGAGGCAGCGGCCCGUACUUAUGAUCUCGCAGCACUCAAGUACUGGGGCUCAGACAGCACUCUCAACUUCCCUCUGGAAUCGUACAGGCAUGAGCAUGACAAGAUGCAGCGCAUGACAAGGGAGGCGUAUCUAGCCACUCUGCGGCGCAAGAGUAGCUGCUUCUCGAGGGGCGCCUCCGGGUACAGGGGAGUGGCCAAGCACCACCAUAAUGGCAGGUGGGAGGCCAGGAUCGGCUACGCUUGCGGCAAGAAAUACCUCUACCUGGGGACGUUCGGGAGCCAAGAGGAGGCAGCCCGAGCAUACGACCUUGCAGCUCUGGAAUUGCGGGGGCACGCCGCGGUCACCAACUUCGACACCAGCAACUACACGCACAAGGACGACCAGCGGCGGCCUGAACCGGCGGUCCAGCGGAAGCCGGCUCUGAAGCCCAAGGACGAGCCGGUGGACGAGGCACCGCCGCUGCCCAAGGCUCAUCAUCCGGUUCCGACGCCGCCGCUCCUGACGCCGAAGGCCGAGCCGGGGUACGAGCUGGGCGAGCCCCUGGCGCUGCCGCCCGGCCCCGUGCUCCGCGACGCCGACGACGUGGACCACGCCAUCGCCGAGAUCCUGCCGGCGCUGUGCAUGGACCCCGCCGACUUCGAGGCCCGGUACCCCGCCCGCCGCGCCCGCGCGCUCGGCGGCUGCCCGCCCGACGACCAGCUGCUGCGCGGCCUGGCGCUGCCGGACAGCGUGCGCUUCGAGGACGACAUCGAGACGCUGUUCGACGCGCCCGGCGGCGGCACGGGCGAGGUCCAGGUGCAGCUCCACGCCGUCGUGACUGACGUUUCUGGAGUCGACGCCGACGCGGCCGCCACCAUCAGCUCGCUGGCGUCCGCGCGCUGGUGGCCAUGAGCUUGCGUCGCCACGCGGCGUCGUCCGGGGCGUGCACUCGGUCACCGUGACGACGUGUCGGUUUCCUGGGGCUUGGGUGCCGUUUUGGCAGCGAUUGAGCGUGUGCUUUUGGCGUGUAAAUGCGGGUGAUGUGGCCGCUCUCGCUCUGCAGUUCACCUUUUGGGGUACGUGAAAGUUGGGCUCCUACUUUUGGACGAUCCACUGUGGAAGUCGUCGUAACUUGUAACUUUUCGGCCAACGACGCUGCCAUCCGGCUGUCCAAGUUGGAGGCCGUGACAAGUGUGCGCACGAUGCUCUGUUCUCCGUAGCUAGGGCCUUGUUUAGUUCAGCCAAAAAGCAAAAAGUUUUCAAGAUUUCCCGUCA